AUGGCGAUCAAGGAAGGAGGUGGUGAUGGAAAUGGAGGAAACGAAUCAGAAGACAUGGCCGCGACAAUUGAUAAGCAGAGGGUUUCAUUCUAUAAGAUGUUCACUUUCGCCGACAAAUUCGACCUGUUCUUCAUGACUAUGGGCACAAUAGGUGCUGUGGGCAAUGGGUUAGCGCAGCCACUCAUGACGAUCAUAUUUGGGAAGCUGAUCAACUCGUUUGGCUCCAGCGACCCAUCCAAGGUCGUUGAUGAAGUGGCUAAGGUGGCAUUAUACUUUGUGUACUUGGCAAUUGGUGCAGGAAUCGCUGCACUUCUACAGGUAUCGAACUGGAUAGUAACGGGAGAGAGGCAGUCUGCCCGUAUACGUAGUUUGUACUUGAAAACGAUACUAAGACAAGACAUUGAAUUCUUUGACACUCAAACAAAUACUGGAGAGGUCAUUGAGAGGAUGUCUGGGGAUACCAUUCUCAUUCAAGAAGCCAUGGGUGAAAAGGUUGGAAAAUUCAUACAACUUUUAUCUACUUUUGUGGGUGGCUUUGUGAUUGCCUUUGCUAGAGGAUGGCUCCUUGCAUGCGUUUUGCUUUCUUGUAUACCUCUUAUUAUCCUUGUUGGUGGAAUUAUGUCACUCAUGAUGUCAAGAAUGUCAACCCGUGGCCAAGUUGUUUAUGCAGAAGCUGGCGGCUUAGCAGAACAAAUACUUGGAUCCAUAAGAACAGUUGCUUCUUUCACUGGGGAGAAGAGCGCAGUAGAAAAGUAUAAGAGCAAGAUAAGAAUUGCCCGCGAUUCUACAAUUAGACAAGGGCUGGUCUCAGGAUUAGGAAUUGGUGUACUUUUCCUCAUUAUGUUUGGCAGUUAUGGACUUGCUGUAUGGUAUGGAUCCAAACUGAUUAUUGAAAAGGGAUACACUGGAGGACAAGUCCUCAACGUAAUUAUGGCGCUCAUGACUGGUGGAAUGUCUUUGGGCCAGACAUCCCCUUGUCUGAAUGCAUUUGCAUCAGGGCAGGCUGCAGCAUAUAAAAUGUUUGAAACAAUUAAGCGAAAACCCAAUAUUGAUGCUUCUGACACUAGUGGGCACGUAUUGGAGGACAUAAGAGGUGAAAUUGAACUCAAAGAUGUGUACUUCAAAUACCCUGCAAGGCCAGAUGUACAGAUCUUCUCCGGAUUCUCAUUUCACGUUCCAAGUGGCACGACUGCUGCUCUAGUUGGCCAAAGUGGAAGUGGGAAGUCUACAGUGAUCAGCCUAGUUGAAAGAUUUUAUGAUCCUGAAGCUGGUGAAGUACUUAUAGAUGGUGUAAAUUUGAAGCAGUUGCAGCUUAAAUGGAUAAGGGAGAAGAUCGGUCUGGUUAGUCAAGAACCUGUUCUGUUUGCAACUACCAUAAAGGAAAACAUAGCAUAUGGGAAGGAAAAUGCGACAAUAGAGGAGAUCAGAACAGCAAUUAAGCUUUCUAAUGCAGCAAAAUUCAUAGACAAGCUACCCAAUGGACUUGACACAAUGGCAGGGGAGCAUGGAUCUCAGCUCUCUGGUGGACAAAAGCAAAGAAUUGCUAUUGCAAGGGCCAUUCUGAAGAACCCAAAAAUCCUCCUCCUUGAUGAAGCAACAAGCGCACUAGAUACUGAGUCUGAACGCAUAGUUCAAGAAGCAUUAGUAAACAUCAUGUCAAAUCGAACAACUGUGGUUGUUGCACAUCGUUUGACAACUAUUAGGAAUGCUGACAUUAUAGCAGUGGUGCAAGAAGGGAAAAUUGUAGAGAGAGGAACACACGAGGCAUUGACAAGAGAUCCAGAAGGGGCUUACUCCCAACUAGUUCGCCUGCAAGAAGGAGCUGCUCAAGCGGAAGACACCCAGACCUCUGACAAUGAUAUUGAUAAGACCGUGGUCCGUUCUGUCAGCCGGAAAUCCUCUUCGGGAAGAUCCUUAAGUAGAGGUCCAUCAGUUAACAGGCCUUUUUCACUUAGCUAUGUUGUCCCUGGCCCAUUUAAUGUCUAUGAUGCUGAAGAAGAAGCAGAUGAUGAGGAGGAGGUUAUUGAGAAGCGUAAAGAGGUGUCCAUGAAACGGUUGGCAUACUUGAACAAGCCUGAGCUUCCAGUGUUGAUAAUAGGAUCAAUUGCUGCAAGCGUACAGGGUGUAAUUUUCCCCAUCUUUGCUCUGUUACUAUCAUCAUCCAUUAACAUGUUCUUUAAACCUCCAAAACAAUUAGAAAAAGAUUCUCGAUUUUGGGCACUUGUGUAUGUGGGUUUGGGUUGCGUUUCUCUGAUAGCUCUUCCAGGGCAGAGUUACUUCUUUGGAGUUGCGGGUGGAAAGUUGAUAGAAAGAAUUCGUUCCUUGACAUUUGAAAAGGUCGUGUACCAACAAAUAAGUUGGUUUGAUGAACCUGGACAUUCAAGUGGCGCAGUUGGUGCAAGGUUGUCUACUGAUGCUUCCACUAUCAAGAGUCUUCUUGGUGAUGCCUUGGCCUUAAUUGUUCAGAAUAUAGCAACGGUCAUGGCUGGACUAAUCAUAGCAUUUACAGCUAACUGGAAAUUGGCUUUGAUAAUUCUAGCUGUGAUGCCCGUCUUGUUUGUGCAAGGAUACGUUCAGAUGAAAUUUAUGAAGGGGUUCAGUGCAGAUGCCAAGGUGAUGUAUGAAGAAGCAAGUCAAGUGGCAAAUGAUGCCGUAGGCAGCAUUAGGACUGUUGCAUCCUUUUGUUCUGAGCAGAAGGUGAUGGAUUUGUACCAAGAGAAAUGUGACGGCCCUACAAAACAUGGAAUUAGGGUAGGAAUCAUAAGUGGAUUAGGUUUUGGCUUCUCUUUCUCUGCACUCUUCCUUACAAAUGCAUUUUGUUUCUACAUCGGUUCUAUUCUUGUGAAACAUGGAUCUGCAACAUUUGGUGAAGUUUUCAAGGUUUUCUUUGCUUUGACAAUGGCAGCAAAUGGGGUUUCACAUUCAAGUGCUUUGGCUCCAGACACCACCAAAGCCAAGAAUUCAGCAGCUUCAAUAUUUGAAAUUCUUGACAGCAAGCCUAGCAUAGAUUCAAGUAGCAAUGAGGGCAUCACAUUGCCCUCUGUAACUGGGAAUAUUGAGUUACAAAAUAUCAGCUUUAAAUAUCCCACACGUCCAGAUAUUCAAAUUUUCAAAGACUUGUCUUUGAGCAUCCCCUCUGGGAAGACUGUUGCUUUGGUUGGAGAGAGUGGUAGUGGGAAAUCAACAGUAAUCAGCCUCAUAGAGAGAUUUUAUGAUCCUGAUUCAGGUUGUGUAUUUUUGGAUGGAGUUGAUAUCCGAAAGUUCAGACUAAGCUGGUUGAGGCAACAAAUGGGAUUGGUCAGUCAAGAACCUGUCCUAUUCAAUGAAAGCAUCGGUGCUAACAUAGCAUAUGGCAACAAUGGGAAUGCUACCGAGGAAGAGAUUAUAGCAGCUGCAAAAGCAUCAAAUGCACACAAUUUCAUAUCCUCACUGUCUGAAGGCUAUGACACCUCUGUAGGGGAAAGAGGAGUACAGUUAUCCGGGGGCCAAAAGCAACGAAUAGCCAUUGCAAGAGCUAUACUGAAGAACCCGAAACUCCUUUUGCUCGAUGAGGCCACAAGUGCACUAGAUGCAGAGUCAGAACGCGUGGUGCAAGAUGCUUUGGAUAGAGUGAUGGUAAAUAGAACAACUGUUGUUGUUGCUCACCGCCUAAGCACUAUCAAAGGAGCUGAUAUAAUCGCAGUGGUGAAGAAUGGUGGGAUUGCUGAGAAGGGAAGGCAUGAUAUUCUGAUGAAGAUCACUGAUGGCGUCUAUGCCUCUUUGGUAGCACUUCAUAUGACUUCAACGUGAAGAAAAACUGCAGUAUCAUAAGCUCAUUUUUGCUUUGCUGGAUAACAGAACAGUUUCUGGGCAUGCCUUUUGGCUCAGAAUGUGUGUGCUCUCUGUAGGGGUAGUAAUCAAAAUUGGUGACCAAAGUGUACUGUUACAAAGAGCUGCU